CGUCAUCUCCGGGUCUCCCUCUCCUUCACUCUCGAGUUUCGUACUCUCUUCUGCUUCGUCGCUUCCACCACCCGAAGCGACCAUGGCCGCGGCCGCGAGCGAAGGCGGCGGCGAUGGAGGCGCCGAGGAGAGGGGUAGACGGAAGGAUUCGACGUCGCCGCCGUACAUCAGGGCGGUGGCGGGGUCCCUCGGCGGGGUCGUGGAGGCGUGCUGCCUGCAGCCCAUCGACGUGAUCAAGACACGGCUCCAGCUCGACCGCACCGGCGCGUACCGGGGGAUCGUGCACUGCGGCGUGACGGCGGCGAGGACGGAGGGGGUGCGCGCGCUGUGGAAGGGGCUCACCCCCUUCGCCACCCACCUCACCCUCAAGUACGCCCUCCGCAUGGGGUCCAACGCCCUCCUCCAGUCCGCCUUCAAGGACGCCGCAACUGGAGACCUCUCCAACCGCAGUAGGAUCGCCGCUGGAUUUGGCGCCGGCGUCCUGGAGGCCCUCCUCAUCGUUACCCCCUUUGAGGUAGUGAAAAUCAGGCUGCAGCAACAAAAGGGGUUGCGACCGGAGCUUCUAAAGUAUAAGGGUCCCCUACAUUGUGCAAGGAUGAUCAUUCGUGAAGAGGGAAUUUUGGGUCUUUGGGCCGGUGCUGCGCCGACUGUUAUGCGUAAUGGAACCAACCAAGCUGCCAUGUUCACGGCAAAAAAUGCAUUUGACAUCGUUCUCUGGAAGAAACAUGAAGGAGAUGGCAUGGUCCUUCAACCUUGGCAGUCUAUGAUCUCAGGGUUUCUUGCGGGGACUGCAGGGCCCAUCUGUACUGGCCCCUUUGAUGUCGUCAAGACAAGGCUGAUGGCUCAAAGCAGAACAGGUGGUGAUGCCAAAUAUAAAGGCAUGGUGCAUGCAAUCAGAACAAUAUUUGCCGAAGAAGGGUUGUUUGCACUUUGGAAAGGUUUGCUUCCUAGGCUUAUGAGGAUUCCACCUGGUCAGGCUAUAAUGUGGGCCGUUGCUGAUCAAGUAACCGGACUCUACGAAAAAAACUACGUACAUCGAGUUCAUCUAUAAGUAUCUCUUUUGAUGGGUAAUAAAGGGUUUGCCCGCGAUCUUCUAAAAUCCAUCCGGCAAUCGUGCUUUAGUUUUCAACAAGGUCUAAAGCAUUAGAAGUAUCAGAUAUUUGUCGAAUGUGAUUCUCUAGUAUUCUAGCUGCUAAGAUAAUUGAUUGUGGUUGUGGCUAAGAUGCACAGGAUAUUAAUUGGUUCGAUCAUCUAUGAUGCUGAGAUUUCCGAGCUGAUUCUGGGAUUCA